AUGGCUGAGAAUCUUAUCCACUUCGAAGGUUCCCUUGAUGAACUUAAGGCAAAGAUUGCUGCUGCUACAGGUCUCAUUGUUGUCAAGUUUGGCUCUACAACAUGCAUGCCUUGCAAGAGAUUGAACCAAAUGUUACCAAACAUUGCUAAGGAGAAUCAAGAUGUCCAAUUCUUGAUGGUUGAUAUUGAUGAUAAGGAAGAUUUCCGUAAUGCAUACAAAAUUUCUUCAGUUCCAACAGUUUUAUACUACAAGGGAAAUCAGAAGCUUGAUGAAAUCAUUGGUCUCAAAAUCCCAGAUCUCAAGGCCAAGAUUGCCCAAUACAAGUAA